AUGUUUAACCUCAGUCAAAUCAUACGUCUCUCACUGAUCUUGUCUGUUCGCCAUCUUUCUCAAUGUCUUGCUGUUACACUUUUUGUUUUUUCUUUUUUUAAUAUUCUUUGCCCAUUUUCUCCCUUUCUCUUUAUAUUUAAAAUUCAUACUUCUCUCUUUUUCUCUUUUCAUUUCUUAAACUUUCUUUCAGCAUUCAACUCAUUAAAUUUAAUUUCCAUCCUUUUCUUCUUUCUUUCUCCUUUCCUUCUACAUUCACCCCUCUCUCUCUCCCUCUCUUUCUCUCUCUCUCCCUCUCUCUAUCUAUCUAUCUAUCUAUCUAUCUAUCUAUCUAUCUAUCUCCGUCUCUUCAUUCUAACUAAAUUUUCUCCUCAGACUAAACUUAACUACUCUCGUUUUCUCCCUUUAUAUUUAAGAUUCAUACGGUCUCUCUUUUUUCUCUAUCUCUCUAUUUUUAUCUCUAUCAAUAGAACUUACGCUCCUCCACAAUGUUCAAUUCUUCUUUCCUUCUAUCAGAGUACUUUAUGUGCGCAUGCGCAUCUGUCGGCCUUGAGCUUUCAUUCAACAGAUUCCUUCAUUAUUUUCUAUUUUUCUUUCUUUUUUCUUUCUAUUUCUUUCGUCCUUAUUCGUUUUCUUUCUUUCUUUCUUUUUUGUAACGCACUAUAUUUUCCCUCUUUUGUUUUCACUAUUCUUCCACCAUUUUUUUUUUGUUUACAUUUCAUUCUUACAUUUUUAAGCCUUUUCAUCUUCAUUCCUAUUCAGAAUAACUCGAUGACUUUCCUCCUCUCUAUUCAUUCUUAUUGUCCACCUUUUAUUCUCUUUUUAUUUUCGUACCAUUUUUUUAUUUUGUUUUCCUUUUUUUCUUUCUUGUUUAUCUAUCUCUUCUCUCUUUUCGCACAUUUCCAUAUAUUUUCCAACGUUUUCCUCUCUUUCAUUUUCCUCGUUUUCUUCGUUAAUUCCUCCGUUUCUUUUUCUUUUCAUUUCUCUUUCAUUCAUUUAAGGACCAUUCCAUCUUUUUUCACUUCAUUCUUUUCUUUUACUUAUCUACCCCAGUUUCAUUUUUCCUCCUUUUUAUCUAAUUUUACUCCGUCGUUUUUUUUCUCGCUAAAUUUCUUCCCAUUCUUUUCAUUCGCCCUCUUUCUUCUCUUUUUCCUUCCUCUCUUUCUACUCUUUUUAAUUGAAUUUCCAUCACUUUCUUCGUUUUUCUUCCUUCCAUCAAUAUUUCCCACCUCUCUCUCUCUAUCUCUCUCUCUAUCUAUCUUAACUCUCUCUCUCUCUCUCUCUCUCUCUCUCUCUCUCUCUCUCUCUCUCUCUCUCUCUUCAGCCUUGCAUUUAAAUUUUUGA